AUGAAAAUGGAGAGAUCUUUUUAUCUAAAUGGUAAACCUCUUGUAUAACCUCCAUUAACAAUUGAUCAACAAUUAAAUGAACGUCUUUCAAGAACAGGAUACAAGAUAGAAGACAUCAAUAAACUCAAUGAACGUCCAACAUUAUAAAUUGUAGUUAUAUAACUAAUUCUUAAAGAUUGAUCUGGAUGGAUUAACAUCUGGAUACUUGAAUAAUAAUCAAAUAUUUUAGAUGCUCAAAUAGUAAAUAAUGACUUGGAAUGAAAGAGUGACACUACAUCGAGCAUAAUAAAUAGAAUUAAAAGACCCUUUUGUAUAUGAUAACCUCUUUAGAUAAUUAAAGAAUUCAUUACUUGAAGUUGUUAGUACAAGAAAUAAGUAGUAGUAACUAGAAUUUCUAAAUAAAGUUUCCUCUUGGUUCUUUCGUUAAUUACCAAAAUCCUAAAAAUAAUCAUUAACAUAAUCUCUUAUUGAAAAAAAGGACAAUGUAACUUAUAUAUACAUAAUUCUCAGACUUUGUAAUAUAUACCAAAUACUUAUAAUGAAAGCAUGUAUGCUUCUAGAAUUGAAGAUUACAAAUCGAAAAAUAGAUCAAUGCAUCCAGACAUAGAUCCGCCUGAAGAUAGAGUGAAAAGUUAUCAUAGAAAAAAUCUACUAUCUGAUACAAGCACAAGACCUGGCACUACUCCAGGAAUUAUGGGCUUCUCUCAAUAUACAAGACCUUAAACUUCAUAGACUACUUAUAAAAUGAUUGAUUAAGUUGAUAAAUUAUCAAGACCAGGAACAAAUCAAUAAUAUUCUGUAAUUAAAUAAUAGGCUUCUUGGAUGUAUGAUACUAAUUUUCCAGUUUUUGAAACAUUUGAAGAAUAAUAAAAAAGUACAAGACGUCAAAUCCAAAGAGAAGAAUCUCCUCUUAAAGCAAAUAAACCAACUGAUAGAGAUUAUAUUGAAGGCAUAGAAUAAGAAUAAGAAUAAGAUGAAGAUGAAGAAUAAUCUCCUGAUAAAAUAGAUGGUUCUUAAAAAAAUAUGGAAUCAUAAAAGGAUAUUUCACCAAAGAAAAAAAAAAAGAAAAAAGAAAGAAAAGAUAAAUAUAUUAGUAUUGCACCUGAAAGAAAGACUUAUAAAACUGAUAAAGAUACUGAAUUAGCUUAUUAAAUUGGAUAAAAUCAACGUCUUGGAGAACUUUAAGGAAUAUUUCAUAAUUAUGAUCCAACUAAUAUAGAAGAUAAUAUGGCUGCAGCACGACUUAAUUAAUAUUAUUAAUAAUAAAGAAUUAAAGAAGUUAAAGAACAAAGAGAAGAUAUUGAAAUGGUUUAAUCCAUGAAAGAUUGGGCAGCAAACAAAAGUAGAAUUGAUGAAAUAAUACUCUAAUCUUAAUGUGUAUACAAAUUUAAUAUAAUCAUAGCUAUAAUCCAUGGGAUCUCAAUUCUCGACUAUUGGUAUCAAAGUUUCUGAUAUCUAUGAAUCUAAAAAAAUGGAUCUUGCUGAAGAAAAAGCUUAUGCAAAUUAUCUUAAUAAAGCAUCUUAUCCUAAAGGCAGAAUCAUUUAAACUGCUAUUCCAAUUACUAAAAUUAUUGAAAAUACUGUUUUACCUACUUAAGUAGAUGAUGAGGCUGAAGAUUUUUAAUCUAAAAAUGCAUAUUUGGAAUCAAGAAUUAAUUCGUAAAGACUUUACUUCUUGAAAAGGGCAAGAGGAAGUUGGUUGCCUGGAGGUGAACCAAAUCAUCCUAGUGCUGAAAACAUUUAAAAUAAUCGUUCUUUAUCUUCCAGUUGUUUUAGAAGUGUAUAACCUUCCAAAUAAUUUAGUACUGUGUUCAAAAGUCAUAGUAUUAAAUCGGAUAUAGAUAAAUAAGUAUUCUAAAAUAAUAUUAUCAUAGAUUAGUGAAAUUAAUGUAUUAAAAAAUAGAUUAGCUUCUGAAAAAAGGAUUGUACCCAUAACCAUCCUUCAAAAAUCCCUUGUUAUACCUCAAGGACAUUUAAAUCCUCAUAAGAUACCCCUCCCAAAACCUGGAAUUUUGUUAGCUAAUAUACCUGAUACAGGAAAAAAAACAAGAGGUAAAAAAAAGAAAUCUAAGAAAUGA